AUGGCGGUUCAAUCAGUACCAUCUAAAUUCCCUUCGCCAAAAGAACUACUUAUUUCUCCUUACAUUACUGGCCCUCUUCUUCUAUAUCUUACCAAAAUCAACCCCUCGGCUUUGGAGAGGAUUCCAUGGUUUCCUGAUUUGUCCAUGACCCUCCCGUUUUCUCUUCCUUUUGAUAUUCGCAACAAUGUGACUCUCAGGCCAACUCCACUGCUGAAAACACUCAAAGUCCUCUUCGCGUUCGGGGUCCUCGCUCACCUCAACCGUUUCUUGAAUCGCCGUGCCUUGAACUAUGGACAUUUGAAGAAACAGGGCGUCCCUUGGGAUUUCCAGACCGAGGGAAAGGAGACCAUCCUGAUUACUGGUGGAUGUAGUGGAUUUGGCAAGGAAAUGGUCAAGAUGUUUUCUCAACAAACGAAGAGCAAAAUCCUGGUUCUCGACGUCCAAGAAUUGCCGGUGGAUCUCAAGAAUAUUCCCCGCCUCACUUACCACAAGGUCGACCUGACUUCAAACGAGGACAUUCACAACGUGAUUGCCAAAGUCCUAUCCCAAUCUCCACCAACCGUACUAAUCAACAAUGCCGGAAUCGCCCACGCUCACACCAUCCUCGAUACAACAGAUGAAUUCCUUGAGAAGCUCUUCCGAAUUAACGUCAUGUCCCACUUCACCCUGAUUCGCUUAAUUCUCCCCACGUUGAUGAAACAACGCAAGGGACAUAUCGUCUCCAUCGCCAGCAUGGCGAGCUACACCGGUCAAGCUUCUCUUGGAGACUACUGCGCCACCAAAGCCGCCGUUCUGGGCAUGCACGAAUCGUUAGUUCAGGAAUUGAAGCAUCGAUAUGAAGACCAGGGCGGUCAUACGAUCCAAGCCAGUAUUGUUCAUCCUCUGUGGGCGAAUACGCCUUUGGUUGGAAGCUUUGGUGCGGAACUCAGGAAAUCGGGACAGCCAGUGCUGACUCCAGCUGAUGUCGCGAGUCGAGUUGUGAACCAGGUUUUACAGGGAGAGAGUGGAAGUGUCUUUGUCCCUGCGAAACAAAAAGCAGGAUCGCUCUUGAGAGCACUACCUGACUGGGUUGCACUGGCUGUGAGAGCCACUCUGGAAGGUGCAACGGCCACUGCACGUGGGACUAAGCCGACAUGA